AUGAAGUUUUCUAUUUUCCACCAAGCUCUUUGUCUUCUAUUUACUGCGUCUGUUGUUUUGGGACAGGGAUACGUCGAUCAGCAAGAUUACUACGGCGAAGAUGAUUACUAUGGCCAAGAAGGCGACAGUCUGUAUCAUGAUUAUGCAGCCCAUCAAGAAAAGAAGGCCCAAGGAGGCAACGGUGGUGGUAUGAUGAAAACGGUUGCCUUUUGUGCCGGAUCUUGGUUCUUGGGAGGAAAGAUUCAUUCUAAGCGAGCCGUCAAAAAGGCUGGUGCACAAUUCCAAAAGGCUCAAAGAGAAUUCUACCUAAAGUAUGUCAAGGAUGUCAACACCCUUCAGACUCAAAAUGCUGAACUCCAACAAUACAUGAGUGAGGUGAUGAAGCAAAAAUUGACAGAGGAGUUCUUGGCUGCCGAUUUGAACAAUGACAGACAGGUCACUCGAGCAGAGUUCGAGAUGUACAAGAAGGAAUACAUAAAGAAGCAUCCCGAGAUGUCGAAUGUUCAGUUUCCUGCCUUUGAAGAGUUUGAUCCUGACCACAAUGGAGUUAUUAGUAUGCGUGAGCACGAAUCGUACUACGAAAAGCACGGAAUGAUAUAA